GGUGGUGGCUGAAGCUGAGUCGGACUUCCCGCUCUUCAGGCUAAGCCUGGUCCACUCGGACUGGCAGCAGCUCCCUCCCCAGAGCCCCUCGACUGGCAGAGGCGAGAGAAGGGCCUUCCCCAGCCCCGUGACUUGAGCUGCCUGCCUGCCAGGCGUGUGUCCCCCACCGCGGAGUGAUGCUCUGCUGUAAGAAUAGACUUGGCAGCACCCUCGGAGCCGAUAGAGCCGUUGGAGGCUUCCAAAGAUGGUGGUCUCCACGUCCCUCCCUGGCUGGAGUCCCCUCCUGAACUCUUGGGCCUAGUCGGAAGAGCGGCUCUUGGGGCUUGGCUCCAGAGAGGGACCAAGGGGGCUGCCCCACUCCUGGGCGGGCCAAGCAAGGCCAAGAGCCGUGGAAGCAGGAAGGAGGAGGAGGACGCCACGCGGCGGCGGAGGAGACCGGAGACCUGCUGCUGCUGCUGCUGCUCUUGAUCCUGCUCCAGCUUCCCGGGACACCGGGCCCCCCGGGGGGGCUGCGCCGGACGAUGGGGGAGCGCCAGAGCCACGUCAACAGCCUCUUCCUGAACGAGGGGUCCUCCAAGCGGCUGGGCUCCGGGGGCCGGGCUCAGCGCCUCCACCACGCCUUGGAGAAGCGGCUGCUGCGGGGCCGGAAGCGCCUCUACGGCGUCACCCGCGAGAGCGUCCGGGGCGCCCUCCAGAGAAACGCCUUCGUCCUGCUGACCGUCUUGGCCGUCCUGCUGGGCAUCAGCCUGGCCCUCUGCUUGCGGCCGUACAAGAUGACCCACCGCCAGAUCAAGUACUUCUCCUUCCCAGGAGAGCUGCUGAUGCGAAUGCUCCAGAUGCUGGUCCUCCCUCUUAUCGUCUCCAGCCUCAUCACAGGCAUGGCGUCGCUGGACAGCAGCGCCUCUGGUAAGAUGGGCCUGCGUGCCGUGAUCUACUACAUGAUGACCACCAUCAUUGCUGUCUUCAUUGGGAUCUUCAUGGUCAUCAUCAUCCACCCGGGAAAGGGCAGCAAAGAGAAGCUUCACCGUGAAGGCACCAUUGAGCAAGUCCACACGACCGACGCCUUCAUGGACCUGAUCCGGAACAUGUUCCCGCCCAACCUCGUGGAGGCCUGCUUCAGACAGUACAAGACCCAGUACAGCGUCGUCAACCGCACGGCCGUGCGCAGCGCCACCACAGCGGCCGCCUUGCUCUCCCUGCCCCUGCCCACCCCGAACGGCAGCCUCAGCCCCACGGCCCCCCCUGCCGCCACCAGCACGCCCCUCUGGCUGCUGGAGAACGCCACCGGCGGCGUCUGGCGCAACGUCAGCCAGGCGCUGGGCAGCCUCCCGGAGGUGCUGGGCCACGAGGAGGUGGUGCCGGGGCCCGGCUCCGUCAACGGGGUCAACGCCCUGGGCCUGGUGGUCUUCUCCAUCUUCUUCGGGCUGGUGAUCGGCCGCAUGAAGCAGAAGGGCCACGCCCUGCGGGAGUUCUUCGACUGCCUCAACGAGGCCAUCCUGCGGAUGGUGUCCAUCAUCAUCUGGUACGCCCCCGUGGGCAUCCUCUUCCUGAUCGCCGGGAAGAUCUUGGAGAUGGAGGACCUGGCCGUGAUGGGGGGCCAGCUGGGCAUGUACACCCUCACCGUCAUCGUGGGGCUGCUGAUCCACGGCCUCUGCGUCCUGCCCCUCAUCUACUUCAUCGUCACCCACAAGAACCCCUGGCUCUUCAUCACAGGCCUGCUGCAGGCCCUGGUCACGGCUCUGGGCACCUCUUCCAGCUCUGCCACGCUCCCCGUCACGUUCCGAUGCCUGGAAGAGAACAACGGGGUGGACAAGCGGGUGACCAGGUUCGUCCUGCCGGUGGGGGCCACCAUCAACAUGGACGGGACGGCGCUGUAUGAAGCCUUGGCGGCCAUCUUCAUUGCGCAAGUCAACAACUACGAGCUCGAUUUCGGGCAGAUCAUCACCAUCAGCAUCACUGCCACAGCGGCCAGCAUCGGGGCAGCUGGCAUCCCCCAGGCUGGCCUGGUGACCAUGGUGAUCGUCUUGACGUCUGUGGGGCUGCCGACAGAGGACAUCACCCUCAUCAUGGCCGUGGACUGGUUCCUGGACCGCCUGAGGACCACCAUCAACGUCCUGGGGGAUUCGCUGGGGGCCGGGGUGGUGGAGCAUCUCUCCCGGCACGAGCUGGAGGUGCAGGACGCGGAGCUGAGCAAUUCGGUCCUGGAGGAGAACGAGAAGCCAUACCACCUGAUCUACCAGGAGAACGAGACCCGCAAACACCUCAGCAGCGAGACCUCGAUGUGAAGCCCAGGAGGGGGGCGCCGCCAGGAUCGGGCCCAUAGGCACGUAGCAACUGUGAACCGCCGAGGGAUGGAAGAGCCGCCCACCAGGCCUGCCCCCAAAUACUCUCUCUCUCCCCCUCCCCCAGCAUUUUGGUGCAGAUCUGUGCCACCGGCGGGGAAAAGAACAGAAAAGUUUCCCAUCAGAGACUCAGCUGCCUGCGGGGAUGGCCUGCCGCAGACGGAGCAGAGUUUGACCUCCCGCCCGCCCGCCCACCCCUCAAACACAGCCGGCGUUAUCCUGCCCCGAGAAAGUGCCAUGUUUCUGUGCCAAGAAAAAUGUGCGUUUGUCGUGCAAAUUCCGACCGAAUCGUUUCGCUCUUGUUGCCCGUUUUGUUUUGAAUGGUGCCCAUGUUUGUUUUGAAUGGUGCCCAUGUUUGUUUUGAAUGGUGCCCAUGUUUGUUUUGAAUGGUGCCCAUGUUUGCUAUGAAUGGUGCCCAUGUUUGUUUUGAAUGGUGCCCAUGUUUGUUUUGAAUGGUGCCCAUGUUUGCUAUGAAUGGUGCCCAUGUUGCCCAUGAGAGUGCCCCAUACACUCUCUUUGUAGCACUUGAAUGAACAGCGACGGAAAAGAAAGCUGCUACCAAAUUGAAAGAGAAGUUAUCGGUUGUAUAUUGCUGGUCUGCAAUAAAACAGUUGUGGUUUAUUUA